AUGGUUGAUGAACAAAGGACAGAAAUCGACAUAGAGGCUAGCAUCAGAGGUAUGCCUUGAGAGACCGUUCCAGUCGUUCACUUUGAUUAUUUGCUAAGAUAUGUGUCAUGCCUUAACAGGAUUGAUGCCAACUUAUGUAAAGUUGCAGCAAGCUGAAUGUCAUCCAGAUGAGCGUAUGUUUUGGUAAGCUUAUUUCUAUGGUUGCACUUCAUGGUUUUAAACCAUUUCUCUUUUUUUAAGCCAAUUCUUGUGCCAGUACUGGCCUUGUGAUGUCCUAAUGUCUUUAAUUAUUUCGCAGCAACAAUUGUAGAACAUCAAUUGUUGAUUUACACAGAAAUUGUCCAAGCUGCUCAUACGAUCUCUGCCUCAAAUGCUGCCGGGAUGUUCGUACUGGUGAACUUUUUCGUAGCAACAGUGCAGUUGAAAUUCGUUAUGAGGACCGGGGAAAAGAUUAUUUACAUGGUGGAGCUGCCAGUAGGAAGACUGGAAAAAGAAAAAAAAGCUCUUCUGCUGCACACGUAGAAAGUAGGGAAAAUAAAAUUCAUUCUCUGAAGGAAUGGAAAGCAAACAGCAAUGGGAGUAUCUGUUGUCCGCCUGAGGAAUUAGGUGGAUGUGGCAACUCCAUCCUGGAACUGAAGACAUUAUUUUCUGAUGAUUGGCUAUCAAAAUUGCUGGAAAAGGCUGAAGAAAUGACCAGUGAAUUCGAAUGCAUAAAAUAUUCUGAUACUUGUCCCUGUUUUACGGUAGCUGGUCAGGUUGAUGAUACUAAUACAACAUUGAGGAAGGCUGCUUGUAGAGAGGAUUCCACUGACAACUAUCUGUACUGCCCCACAUCAAGAGACAUUCGAGAGGGAGACGUAGAGCACUUCCAGAAACACUGGGUAAAAGGCGAACCUGUGAUUGUUCGCGAUGUCCUUGAGUUCACUUCUGGCUUGAGCUGGGAGCCAAUGGUUAUGUGGCGUGCUCUACGUGAGAAGACAAAAUCAAGGGCUGGGUUUGAGCAUUUUGCAGUUAAGGCCAUUGAUUGCUUGGAUUGGUGUGAGGUCAGACAUAUGUCCUCUGUAUUUUUUUGCAUUUAGUUUGACUAGAAAAAUAGUUGAGUUCUGAUAAAACAUUUGUUCGGAUGCUUUCGAUCUUUAAGUGCACUUUAUAAAUGUCGUCCUUGCCUUCAGCAUUCACAGGUGUUCUUUUUUGAUGUUGGGGUUUAAGGGGGUGGCGGGUGUGUUGGAUUGACCUAUCUUUGGAAGGAGGAAGAACUGGUUUCGGAGACCUAAUUCUCAAGAUAUCUGGAAACUUACUGAAGAAGAAACAUCAAAUUCUGUAUGGGAAAAAUUUGUGAUGUCCUUUUUUUUUAUGAUAACCCAUAUAGGAAGAUCAACAUGAAUCAUACAUCGUAAGGCUAGUGAGAUAAACCAACUACACACAAAUUAUAGUUGUAGCUAGAAAGAAGUAUCUAAGUUUGAAACCAAUGGGGGGCAUGAUGAUGGCAUUUCCUUACAACAUGAGCCAUUUAUGAGCAAGAUUUGAUCAGUGUUCACAGCUCUGGCAUCUGGAUAACCCAGUCCGUGGAGCAGUGUGAAUUUGUACUAGACGCAGAUGCAUGGAUACAUACAGAUGCAAAGGGUUAAUGAUGUCGUAUUUUUUGACUGAAAUCUACUGGUUAUUACAAUGCAAAAAUAUAUUUCCAAAGAAAUUUCCACUAAAUUUGCUGUCAUCUACCUAAUACUCUUUCAACUUCCAAUGAUGGUCUGUGGUGUUUAUUUCCUGUUGAGUGAUUUGAUUGAUGUUGUUAGUCCUCUUUUUGGCAUGCAGGUCGAGAUCAACAUUCAUCAAUUUUUCAGAGGCUAUACUGAUGGCCGUGCUCACAGUAAUUAUUGGCCUGAGAUGCUAAAACUUAAGGACUGGCCUCCAGCUAAUGCCUUUGAGGAGCGCUUACCACGUCAUGGUGCUGAGUUUAUCAGUGCUCUACCUUUUCAGGAGUACACGGAUCCUCGGUAUGGGAUUCUCAAUCUUGCUGUGAAAUUGCCCAAGAAUAUUUUGAAGCCAGACAUGGGGCCAAAGACCUACAUCGCCUAUGGAUUGGCUCAAGAGUUGGGCAGGGGUGAUUCAGUGACUAAGCUUCAUUGUGAUAUGUCUGAUGCGGUAAUUAACCAAGGGCUGCCUGCUUUCUUUUGAAUGUUAGACUGUUAAUUUGUGGUCGUUAGCUGACGCGAAAUUUAACGUUUGAUUUACCUGGGUAUCAGUAAACGUCUAUUUAACUAAGAUGGUUUUCCACUGCAUAUGCUGCAUAUUGUUAUGAAAAUCUACGUUAAAUUCACAUUUUUGGCCGCGCAUUAAAAUAGGUUUGUUCUUUCAACGUAAACUUGCUUUCUUCUUUUCUUGUCGUGCUUUCUCUGUGAUAAGUUUAGGAUAAGAUUCUGCCUACUAUCUCUCCAGGUAUCCUGGCCAUGCUUUGAGCACUGUUCAGGCUCCUUUUGAUUACAUAUCUUCGGACUUCUUUCCAGGUGAAUGUAUUGACACAUACGGCGGAAGUGAUUCUUAGUGAUUCACAGCUUUCUAAGAUCAAAAAACUGAAGGAGAUGCACCGUACUCAAGAUGAAAGAGAGCAUGCCAUCACUGGUGAGAUUUGUGAGAGAGAGCUGGAUGGGGAAAAUGCUCUGCAACCUGGUAAUCAAAACUUUGUGGACGUUGAUCAAAAGUUCAACUCUGAAGUUUUGAUAGAAAACGGCUCUCUUGACAAUCCAUUGACAGAUGACAGACAAUUAGAUUCUAACCCCUAUGACAAAGAGAAAAUCCUGCUCUUAAAAAAUGAACGAGACCCAUUGAAAUCAGCUGCUGAAACUGAUGACCCUAUUCAUACUAAUGGCGCAGUGUCUAGGGCUCAUGCUUGUGUUGAUGCUACUUGUUCAAAUGCCGUGACCCAUGCUGAACUUAGCCUUUCAUAUGAGUUGGUCCCUCAUUCUGAGCAGUCAAGUUCAGCUGUUAAAUGUGGGAACAAAAAUCAUGCAGACUGUUCCGGAUAUAACCUUGCUCAAGAAGGUUUAACAGGUGCCACUCAAAGUGAGAAGAAAGAGAACUGUGAAGUCUCUCUUGCUGCGGUUGACUUGUCUCGUAGUUGUGAACAAUCAGAAUCAAGUGCGAACAAAGGAGACCGUAAUGUUGGAUAUCACAGGGAAUCCAUUGCGGCAGUCAAGGAAAUUUCUGGUUCUAGUAUUACUGAUAUCAACACAGAUCGUCAGUUAAUACCUUGUGCUUCAAAUGGGAAGCAGGUGGUGGACGAAGAAGGCCAAGGAUUGGGGAAGGGUGCCAUCAAAUGUGAAAUCUCCACUGCUAGCCAAGGUAAUAUUGCGGGUUUAUGUCCUCCUGAUCAUGUUCCAAAUGAUGGGAAACAACAUGGCUCAGGAUCUCAUUUAAAUGAGCAACAUUCUGAAAGAGAUUGUGCUGAGCUCGUAGAUAUGUCUCACAGUAGAAUCCAUCAUUCUCUCAUAAACCACUGUGGUGAUCAUAUAACACCUGACAAGAAUGAAACCGUUGAGAACUCUAGCUCACCUCUUAUCGGCAGCGCAGGAUCUGGCCCAGAUGAUGUUCAUAUUCAAACCUGCAUUCAUAGAGAGGAAUCCGAAGAUACCAAGCAUGCAAUAACUGAAGCUGGGAUAAAUGGGAUUCUGCAGAUCGAGGACUCCCAUGUUGCUGCAAACAGAGCCGAUCUGAACUCUGUCUCUCUUAAAACUGUUGGUCAUGUGGUGAAUUAUCCUGUUGAAAAUACUGCUGCAGGGGACGAGAAAGCUACAAAGAUGUUUCAGCGUAGAAGGAAGAGGUUUAAAUCUGGUUUGGACAGCACCCUUCAGAAGAGCAUUCCAGAAGGUGUAAUGAAGAAAGAAGAAAAUGCUUCUAAUUCUGUGAUCUUCAGCGAUGCAGAUCUUCAUGCAAAGGAUGGUUAUUUGGAUAACAGAGAGCUUGUUCCGGAUAUAAGCGGCCAACCUGCCUGGAAGAAGAAGCCCAGUGGGAAGCUGUGUGGUUCCCAUGGCAGUGCGAGUCAAGAUGAGUAUGUGGAGCGUGGCAGUGAUGGGAUUGAUAGGGUUGGGUCUGGCGAGAUGAUGGCAGAUGAGAAACCUUCGGUCUCUGGCCAGGGAACGGAGAGUAUUUCAGCAGAAGAUGGCGCCCUGUGGGAUAUCUUCCGAAGGGAAGAUAGCGAGAAGCUUCAGGCCUAUCUUAGGAAGCACUGUAGAGAAUUCAGACACCUCCACUGUUGUCCAAUAGACAAGGUAUUCUCAAACCCACUUUCCAAGCAUUGACGACGAUGAUGAUGAUGGUGAUGAUGAUGAUGAUGAUGUUGAUGAUGAUCAUGUAGGUUGUUCAUCCCAUCCAUGACCAAAUCUUCUACUUGACAUUGGAGCACAAGAGGAAGCUCAAGGAAGAAUUCGGUGGGCCAUAAUUCCACCGUAAGAGUGAUUAUUUCUACUUGCGGUGAUUAUUUGAGUGAGAAUCUGGGUGUUUUUUUUGCAGGGAUUGAACCCUGGACCUUCGUCCAGAAGCUUGGGGAGGCUGUCUUCAUACCCGCCGGCUGUGCACACCAGGUCCGAAAUCUCAAGGUAAAAAUGAUUCAAAACAAAACCAGAGAGUUGACUUUUGAUUGAUUUGGGCCUCCUGGAAUGGCUCUGGAAGUAAAUAUGAAUUGACCCUUGUCGCAGUCGUGUAUAAAAGUCGCCCUUGACUUCGUCUCCCCCGAGAACGUCGACGAGUGCAUCCGUUUGACUGAGGAAUUCCGGGACCUUCCCCAGGACCACCGGGCCAAGGAGGAUAAGCUUGAGGUCCGCCCAUCGCGGUCUCAUUUCAUUUUUACUUAGAUUGAACUUCGAUGCGAUACUUCAGAUUGACUAUUUCUUAGACUUGAAUCCCUGACUGCAAAGGUCAAUGCUCACGUCAACGUGGUGUUUGACUCAGGUCAAGAAGAUGAUGGUGCAUGCCACCUCAAAGGCGGUGGAGAAGCUGCAGAAAUACAGAUCAAGGUUGACUUGAUCGUAGCUCUUUUUGUUCCUUACCAUAUUAAUGGAUUUGGUCGCUACUCUGAACCUCUUCUCCUCGAAAUCUUUUGCAUGUGAUUUUCCUUGCCAGAGGCGGGGAACAGACGGAAGAGGAGGCGGAAGAAGACGGGGAAGACGAUGGGUCUGGGGCGGCGGCUGAGCAGGAUCGGCGUUGA